AACCGGAAGUUAUAUAGUUGUACCUGCAUGAAUGAUGAAUACUUUACGAUCGUAAAAACAGACAAGAGGCGCACGAGACAUCACAGUCAAUGGGACGCUUCUCUCUUUGUGCAGGGAAAAUUAGAGGCUCGUGUGCUGAUGAGAACAGCUACCGUUGCACUGGACUGGUGUAACAAAGAUUAACGGAACCCUUACCAUGCCUGUGGCCUCAACUAAGACGGAGCCUGUGCCCCAGGUCUUGGACGUGAUGAGUGACAACACUACCAGUUCCACCACGGCUAAUGACCUGGACCUAAUCUAUCUCAAAGGCAUCAUGGAGAGCCCUCUGGAACAAGAGGAGAGCUUAAAAGAGGUGCGACUGUCACCAGUGAGAGAGAACAACGUGGAGCUCCUGCAGGAGAUACUUAAAGAUCUUGACCCCUUCACAGACCAGUCUGACACUGCAGCUGAGCUGGCCCGCAUACUCACACAGCCUCAUUUUCAGUCACUUCUUGAGACUCAUGAUUCAGUGGCAUCCCAAGCAUGUGAUAGCCCACCCCCCAGCCCAUGUGAUUGUGUGGAUCAUGAGCUUGAGGAGGGCCACAAACACAACCUGCACCCACCACCUGACGCAGUACGCAUGGUGGGCAUACGCAAAGUGGCAGGAGAGCAUCUGGGUGUGACGUUUAAAGUGGAUGGUGGUGAGCUGAUGAUAGCCCGCAUCCUUCAUGGGGGGAUGAUAGACCAGCAAGGAUUGCUGCAUGUUGGAGAUAUAAUAAAAGAGGUGAAUGGUCGAGAGGUGGGCCAGGAUCCCAGGGUAGUGCAGGAGGAGCUGCAAGCAGCCAGUGGAAGUGUGGUUCUGAAGAUACUACCCAGCUACCAUGAAGCUAUACCACCAAGACAGGUGUUCUUUAAGUGUCACUAUGACUACGACCCAGCCAAUGACAACCUGAUUCCCUGUAAGGAGGCAGGCUUAAGGUUCGAGACAGGAGACAUCCUGCAGAUAGUCAAUCAGGAUGAUGUCAACUGGUGGCAGGCCCGUCAUGUGGAAGGUGGUAGCACUGGGCUGAUUCCCAGUCAGAUGCUGGAGGAGAAGAGGAAAGCCUUUGUCAAAACAAAUGUUGAACUUGCUCCUGCAGGAAAUCUUUGUACUGGUGUUGGAGGAAAGAAGAAGAAGAAAAUGAUGUAUGUGACUACCAAAAAUGCAGAGUUUGACAGACAUGAAAUAUUACUCUACGAGGAAGUGGCCAAGGUCCCACCGUUCAAGAGGAAAACUCUGAUUUUGAUUGGUGCCCAGGGUGUUGGGCGACGGAGACUAAAGAACAAGCUUCUACUGAGGGAUCCUUUACUUUUCGGCACCACCAUUCCAUACACCUCUAGAAAGCCCAAAAAGGGGGAUCGUGAAAGCCGAAUGUAUGCCUUCACCAGUCGCAGCAAGAUGGAAGCUGAUAUCAAGAAUGGAUGCUAUCUGGAGCAUGGAGAGUACAAUGGCAGCCUGUAUGGCAUCAAGAUCGACUCAAUACACGAGGUGGUGGAGGCAGGACGCAUCUGCAUCCUCGAUGCUAACCCUCAGUCUCUCAAAGUGCUGAGGACCUCAGAGUUCUUGCCGUAUGUGGUGUUCCUUCAGUCUCCUGACUUUGAGGUGCUCAAGGCAAUGAACCAGUCAGCUGCAGAGGCAGGAGUGGUUGCUAAGACCCUGACAGAUGAGGAGCUGCAGAAGACAUGCGAUGAGAGCGCUAAACUCCAGGCAGCCUAUGGUCACUAUUUUGACCUCAGCAUAAUCAACGACAACUUGGAUGAGACCUACCGAACAGUAAAGGCCGCCUUGGAAACUGUUUCUAAAAACCCCCAAUGGGUUGCUGUCACAUGGGUUUUUUAGAGAUCGCAUGCAAGGGAAAAAAACAUAGGGUAGUUGACAGGCUCUGAAAAUGUACUACUGAGUAAAAUGUUGAUAUUUUUUUAGAUUUGUAUUUGUUUCAUCCGACAUGAAAUUUGAUCUGAUCUUAGUAAAAGUUUGGCAUUCAAAAACUAUUUAUUGCUUAAGUAGCCUUGUAGGAAAGAUUGGUGGAUAAGGCAUCCUCUAUUUUAACAGGAUUAUAUUUUUCCAUGCUGCAAGAACAAGAAGAAGGAAAUAGUCAAGAACAAAAUCGAGAGAUUAAUGAAGGCCUAAAUGUCACAGAUUUUAUCUUUUCGGUUACUGACUGUGUGUGUGCAAGUGUGAGAGUAUGCAUUUCCAUGUGAGUGUGUGUUUGUAUGUGUCUGAAUGGAUUUUUGAGCAGACACUUUUGUAGUUUUAAAUGAUUUGUGCCAUAAACGAUGAUCAUCAGCAGAUUAUUUCACUGUUUACAUUUAAUUAUCAGAGGGAUCAGCACUAAGGGUUACACCUGAUCUGGAAGCAAUGAGGGCUUGUCAAAUUAACUUGCAAAAUCUGAUCAGUUUACCUAAAUUUUAACAAAAGACGUUGAAGAAAUAAUGAAAAAAUACAUAUUGGAAUUUUGUGUCUUCUGGUGCCAAUGAUGAAAGCAAAUCGUAUUGUCCAUCUGAGCGCUCUGUUGUUAGCUUGACAGUUUUGUGUGUGUGUCACAUUGAAGGAAAUUUGUUGGUUGGAUGAUAAGACUAGAUUUCAUAUAAAAAACAAAAGUGUGACACACUCCUCAUGUCAUUUCUUCUCUGGUCCUUGCCUGUGUCUAUAUUUAUUGGUAUUAAAAGCUCAUAUGUAGAACUCUCUGUUUGCGCCAAUAUUGGUGCUUUUUGUGGACUAAGUGGUAAAUUUAAUCCCUUUGGUGAUCUAGUCCUGUUCAUGGAAAAGUAGUGUUCUCUGUUAUCUGUCUCAGACACUCAAAUAUAUCAGUCAUUUUGAAUCUUUGCUGUAGGAAAGAAAUGUAAAUGAAGGCUGUCUUUGCAGUAUACCUGGCAGCGGUGGGUACAAGCAUAAAAACUAAUAUAGAUAAAUUAUCAUCCAUUUUUGAUGGUCUUUUUUGCUUUUGCAGUUCAUACAGAGGCAUCAUUUUAAAUUUCAGUCUGUUUUGUAACCAGCUAAAUACUCCUCACAGGAACUUUAAAUUGAUAAAACACUUUUACAAAGUUGGAGACAAAUUUACAUUUCAUAAAACAAAAUUACAUUGGCAGAAUAAUUUUACAAAGGCCAAAUCAAAUUUACAUUUAAGAAAGCAAAUUUACAAAAUCAGAAACACUUUUACAAACAAUGAGACAAUUUUACAAGUGAAGGGACAUUUUUACCAGUUUCGAAACAAAAUUACAAAGGGCAGAUUCUGACUGAAAGAGAAUGUGUCAAUAGUUUUCAAAUAGAAGACGCCUGUAAUAUAAAAAUGUGCAACAGCCAGGGAAUAAUUUAUAUUUGACAUUAACAACCCUUAAAUAUUUAGACUUAGACUGAUAAGAGAGCACCUCAAAAUGUGUUCCUGCUAAUCACAACUGAUUUGGAAUUUCAAAAUAAAAAACAUUGGAAAUUUAGCAUAUACAUUUAUUUUGAAAUUCCAAAACAGAUUUAGUUCUGUCACUUCACUGCUGCAAAUGUUCUUUUUGUUUUUAGGCACCUGUCAGUCAUGGUCUCUUAGAAUCAUAUAACACAAGCAGUGUUGACUCAGUCUUGUCAUGUCUCUAUGCAAAGCAUUACUUCUCCGUUUUUAUGUUCUCCCAUGUAAAGUAUCCGUGGAGGAAACAGACUUUGACACCACACUUACACUCUUACACUCAAAGGAAAUCCUUUUGCCUUGUUUAUAGGCAUCAUCCUAUAUUCUUCCAUGCCAAACUGGAAUGUGUGCUGUCAUCUUCUUGAAUCCAGGCUGCCUUACAAAACGUUGGAUACACACUAUAACACAAUUUUUAAGGUUUUUUCUGUCAAGCUUGUCCAACCAAUUAGUGCAAUAGAAAUUAAGGGAGACAUGAGUGAUUUUGCCAAAUUGAUUUAAUGAUAUCAACCUCCAAGCCAAUAACUUCUACUACAGCUACCUCCAGAAAGCUUCAGUUAUAAUUUGGUAAUGGGAUGUGUUGAGACAGCAAUGAUGGGCAUUGUCUGUUGUUUCAUUUACAGAAGCUUGUCAGUUGGGGACCCUUAAGUUCUUCCUCAUUUGGGGGAACUUCACAUUUGAAUCUUGUAGCGUUUAGUGGUAAACAUAAAACCAGGUUGAGCAAAUAGAAAAGUGGAGAGAAUAGACUAAGUGAGCUAUUGUGACGGAUUGAGUAGUAGCCUACCAGCCAACUAGCCCUAGAAGUUUACAACUAGAUUUUAGAGGUGAAUAUUUGCAAAGUUGAAAAGAUUCAAUUUAUUUCAGACUUUAUAGUAUGACCAAGCCUCUAUGGCUCAAUGCUUAACCUUUCAAACUGAAAGUAUUUAAAAAAUAAUGGAAGACAUAUCACAAUGUUUCUUAUGUAGUAAAACAGUUUGCACUUAAAUACUUUUUUAGGGCCUUUGCCUUGUAGUUAGUCCUGCAGCGCUGAGCUAGUGACAAGAUUAACUGGUUCAUGUAAAGCAGUCAAUUAACACAAUGAAAUGUCAAAAAACAUCACAUUAGCGGAAAAAUGAUCAGUUGCCUAUUCAACACUGAUCGCAAACACUGCCAGUGUUGUCAAAAUCUCUAGACCCCUAAAGAGGACAUUACGUAUGUUAAAAAGUUUUAACACACAUUAAAAACUUGUUGUUCAUCAAAAUGAUUAAUUAUACUUAACACAUAAAAUUGUUUCUUGUUUUUACUUUGUUUUUUUUUUCUUUUUAUAAUUCAAAUCCAUCUCAUUUGUUGCAUAGAUCAUCUUGGCUAUAAACAGUGUGUAGAUAGCAUGUAGAUACAGUACAUAAUGAUAUAUUAGAUACUGUUAAAUUAGCUAAUUUAGUAGUGCUAAAUUAGUAUGGUGUGAGAUUCUUGCCUGGCAUUUACAGUAUGUGACACUUUAGAGUGAUAACUUUCAUAAUAUCAGUAUGGGCAUGUAAACUGUUGCUGUGAACAGAGUGAACAACACUACAACAAAAAAUGGCAGACAAAAUUUGAACACUUUAAAUGAAAGUGAAGCGCCUUGAAGAGACAUCGAAUUGUUAAACAAAAACUUUUAGUCUGACCUUCUUUUGAAUUCAGCUGUUGUGUUGUACAUUUUGGGCCACGGUGCAUGUGAUACUGCUUAUGGUGCCAACGGAAGAAUGCUCCUUGAGCAGCUUGUUUGUACUCUUAUACUUUAUUGUGGCAGCUACUGAAUCAUUUUUAUGCACAAUGAAUCGCAAGGCGAUAAUGGAAGAAAUUGUUGCACAAGAGGAGACCUUUUAGUGGCUCUUUUUUUGUAAGAUUACAUUUCUAUUCAUGCUCUUGUUUUAAAAAGUGGCUUGAACGUAGCAGAUAUUUGUCUGACUGCUAGAUCCCUGGAGCCUUUGGGGUUGUGACACACCAUAUUUAUUGGUCUCUCGAGGACAUUCCAAAACCUCACUGUGUCCUUUUUCAAUGAAAUGUCAUGAAUGCAAUAAAAACCUUUUGGUUCCUGUA